UUUGCCUCUUAUCUUGACCCAUAUUAGUAACUACUAGAGUCCUCUCAUGGCUUCUUUAGCUUUCUCUCCUGCCAACAAGGCUCCGGUAUCAUCGCCGGUUAGGCGUGAAACAUCGAUAACUCACCGUCGAGGUUUUGCCAAAGCAUCACUGCCUUGGUGGAGGAAGCAACGGUCAUCAGAGUCUCAAAGAGUGAACUUUGCUACUGAGACACUAGUCUCUGCUCCCCCGGUUACUACCGAAGAUGUUGAUCACUCCGGGAAGCUGGCGGCAUGGACUAGUAUCCAGCGUGAACGAUGGGAAGGCGAGCUCGUCGUUGAAGGCAACAUCCCUCUAUGGCUGAAAGGAACGUACUUAAGAAAUGGUCCAGGACUAUGGCACAUAGACGACUACAACUUCAGGCAUUUGUUUGAUGGCUAUGCAACCCUUGUCCGUCUCUCCUUCAACAACGGUCAUCUAAUCUUCGGUCACCGACAGAUCGAAUCAGCUGCAUACAAAGCAGCAAUGAAAAACCGUCGUCUUUGUUAUCGAGAAUUCUCCGAGGUACCAAAGCCAGACAGCUUCCUAUCCUAUGUUGGUGAGCUUGCAAGUCUCUUCUCCGGCACCUCCCUCACCGAUAAUGCAAACACCGGUGUCGUCAAGCUCGGCGAUGGCCGUGUUGUUUGCCUGACUGAAACAAUCAAAGGCUCAAUUCAAAUAAACCCUGACACACUAGACACAAUUGGUAAAUUUGAGUACAAUGACAACCUUGGAGGGUUGAUUCACUCAGCUCAUCCAAUUGUGACUGAGACUGAGUUUGUGACACUGUUGCCGGACUUGGUGAGGCCAGGGUACACAGUGGUGAGAAUGGAGCCAGGUAGCAAUGAAAGGAAAGUUAUAGGAAGAGUGAAUUGCCGAGGAGGGCCGGCACCGGGCUGGGUACACUCUUUUCCGGUGACCGAGCACUACGUCAUUGUGCCGGAGAUGCCUUUGAGGUAUUGCGCUCAGAACUUACUCAAGGCUGAGCCAACACCAUUGUACAAGUUUGAGUGGCAUCCGGAAGGUGGCAGCUACGUGCAUGUUGUUUGCAAAGCUAGUGGCAGACUGGUUGCUAGUGUGGAGGUGCCACUAUACUUGACAUUCCAUUUCAUAAACGCUUAUGAAGAGGUUGAUGAAGAUGGUAGAGUUGUUGCUGUCAUUGCUGAUUGUUGUGAGCAUAAUGCUGAUACUAGUAUUCUCGAUAAACUUCGCUUACAUAAUCUCAGAUCAUACACUGGCAUCGACACUCUUCCUGACGCAAGAGUGGGGCGAUUUAGGAUUCCAUUGGACGGAACUCCGGUGGGGGAGCUGAAGGCAGCAUUGGACCCUGAAGAGCAUGGAAGAGGGAUGGAUAUGUGCAGCAUUAACCCGGUUUAUCUCGGGAAGAAGUACCGGUAUGCUUAUGCUAGUGGCGCUCGGCGACCUUGCAAUUUUCCGAACACACUCACAAAGAUUGAUUUAGUGAAGAAGAAAGCGAAGAAUUGGCACGAAGAAGGUGCCGUGCCGUCCGAGCCGUUAUUCGUUGCUCGACCCGGUGCUGUAGAGGAGGAUGAUGGGGUUGUGAUAUCUAUGAUUAGUUGCAAGAAUGGAGAAGGAUAUGCAUUGAUUCUGGAUGGGUCUUCAUUUGAGGAGAUUGCAAGAGCAAAGUUUCCCUAUGGACUUCCUUAUGGGCUGCAUGGGUGUUGGGUUCCAAAGGAGUAGAAAUUCCAUGGAAACAAAGAGGAUAUAAUAAGAAAUCCAUUGCUGGAGUACUGGUUGGUCUUGGUUGGGGCAUUUCGCCGAACACCUUGCGUUCAUGUU